CUGACAAAAAUCUUGUCCUGAUCACAAAGUUAAUGGACAGCACUUUUGCUUUGCGGCGCAAAGAGAUCGUCUGUAAUGAGAUACCAGUUGAUGAAAUCCUGAAACGAUGGCCUGCCCUUAAAUUAGAGUCGCAGAUCUGUGCUGAGUUUCACAGAGUGACGAAUGUCAACCUAAAGAAUCGUUUCUUUGCUCAACUGGACCAACAUACCCCCCGGCUUCAGAGCCUGUUUCGGAAAAAAGCUUCUCGGACAGGAAAAGCUUCUGAACUCCUGGAUGAGCUCUUCAGGAUUUAUGACCUCCAGGAUCAAGUUGAUGUCCAUGUUAGACGUGCUGUGGUACUCCGGGCUCUCCCUCCGUAUAUGCAUGAGAGUGAUGUUAGCUUUUUCAAGAUGUGGGACGUGGAGCAGACUGAAGAACUGAACACCAGUGAUGUACCACUUGGGCUCCUCCUAAGCAAUCAGACAUCAUCAGAUGCCCAUUUUUUCUGCCCAGAGAGGAUUGCAGUGCUGAUUGAGGGUAACAUUGUUAUUGAGUCCUCCACACUGGCUGAUGCAUUCGUCAUUCUAUUUGCACUUACAUACACCCUGCACCUUAACUAUCCAAAACAAUUGCUCAACACAUUUGACUUCGUCCAAAAGGUCUUGAUGGGUCUUGAGGAUGGAAAGUUGAGGCCUAGAGUUUUGAGUCUGAAAAAUGACCUGUUAGCAGUAGUGUAAGCACAUUUGUUUUUCUUGCUGUAAACAUCUAACAGAUGGGUUUUAUAGAUAUUGUUGCUGAAGUUUUAAUGCCAUAAAGUGGAAUGAAGUCCUGUUUUGUACAUUUUUGUACUUGUGUAAUAUGUUUGUGUAUCUAAUACAUAUAUUUGUAUUGACAAAUAUUCUAAAUGUGUCCUAUGGUGUGACAACAAACAAUGUGGGGAAAAACAUUAUUUAAAAUAGUUUAAUCUCUUUAAUGGUAUUUGUAACUUUCUCAUGCUAUUUGUUUAAUUGUUAUUUUUUAUAUCUUUGCAAUGUCACACCAUAGGACAUAUUUACAAAUAUAAUACACUCAGGUAAUUUUGAAAUUGUGGAAUGGUGUGGUGGCAAUAGGAAUUUGCACAUAGGGUUAACUGCAAGUUAAAUGAUGGCUUCCUUGCACCAGGCAAUUGCACACUGCCAUGCUGUUUUGUAUAUUAAACCUCUUACAGAAUUGUUUUAUAUUAUAGCAGUUUUAAUGUUAAAUGCUUGUUGAAGGACUGAAUGUUCGCAUAGGAUACUUGCACAUUGGUGUGACUGAGAGAUUCUGUAUCUGUUUACAUUGCAGUGCACAAACUUCAGCUUUAUUUUGUGUACGUAACAAAACAUAAAGAUAAAGAUAAGCUUUAUUAUACUUAUAAUAUUUGUAAUACGUGUUACACUUCAUUCAUCUUUAUUUUAUAAUUUCAAUUUGUUACAGUUAAAUGUUUUAAAUAAUUGUUUUAGAAAACGUAUAGUGAUCCGGAUGUUGAGUAAUGUCGAGGCAAUUUGGAAAGUUUACACAUGGCACAUUCAUGUGUCUUGAGCAUUUUGUAUUUGUUUACAUUGCAAGAAUAUGAGAUAUUUCAAGAACGUCAUAUUUGGUUAAUAAACAAGUUACUUGCACCAAAGUGUCUCUGUGGUUAUUUUGCCUUAUUCAAAAUUUAUAGUUUUAAAUU